CACAGCACUGACAUCAGAGGAAGGCACGGGACAGAGAGCAGACAAAGAACAAAGGACUUUGGCAGGAUUCUUCUUCUUUUCCUUCUGUUUUUAAUCCUGCUUGCUGGAGGAAAAUGGGGCAGCAGUUCACCAACGCUGAAGGGGAGCAAGGGGAGAUUGAUGUUGCAGAGCUGCAGGAAUGGUACAAGAAGUUUGUGGUGGAAUGUCCCAGUGGGACCCUCUUCAUGCACGAGUUCAAGAGGUUCUUUGGGGUCCAGGACAACCAGGAGGCAGCAGAGUAUGUGGAGAACAUGUUCAGGGCUUUUGACAAGAAUGGGGACAACACCAUUGAUUUCCUGGAGUACGUGGCUGCCUUGAACCUGGUUUUGAGGGGGAAGCUGGAGCACAAGCUGAGGUGGACGUUCAAAGUGUACGACAAGGAUGGCAACGGCUGCAUAGACAAACCUGAGCUGCUGGAAAUCGUUGAGUCCAUCUACAGGCUGAAGAAGGUGUGCUGGUCGGACGUGGAGGACAGGACCCCGCUGCUGACCCCGGAGGAGGUGGUGGACAGGAUAUUCCAGCUGGUGGAUGAGAACGGGGAUGGGCAGCUGUCCCUGGACGAGUUCAUUGACGGCGCCAGGAAGGACAAGUGGGUGAUGAAGAUGCUGCAAAUGGACGUGAACCCCGGCGGCUGGAUCACCGAGCAGAGGAGGAAGAGCGCUUUGUUCUGAGAGAAUUGGCUCUGGCGCGGCUGCGAUGGCGAUGCUGAGUCCCAGCGGUGACCCUUCCUCCCUCUAGCCUGGUAACGACUUUCCUCUUAACUCCAUCUCAGCAUCCAGAUGCAAACCUGAGCGCUUCAAGGAGCCGUCUCUGCUGCAAACCCCACGUGCUGGGCACUGCUGGUACCCAGGGACUAUUCCUGGCCCGUGAAUAACCCUUGCCGUGUACACAGUCCCGUGUUUGCCAGCUCUGCUCUUUGGUUACACCCCAAGGAACAAACGCUGCAGGCAGAUCCUGAGCAGGGCUUGGGGCUGGCAGUGGGGAUGGAGCCUGAGUGCUGUCCCAGAGCAGCCAGGGCACGGCUCAGCCCUGCAGGGCA